AAGGCCGGGACAGCAUACCGACCAGUUGCGACUAGAGAUCUGCCUGUGUGCAUCACUCACAAGUAAAACGACCAACAGGCAAGUUGCAGAAUGGCACAGGAAGCGGAAGAAUAUUGCGAUAUGGUUAAUAGGGAUCCCAAUAAUCUUAACGACCAUGUUAAGGUUGCCUUUGACGAUGUUAUCGGAGAACCAGAUGGUGCCCAUAGCGCUGACUGCGUGUGGAAGAAUAGCCAUUGGUGUUUCACCUGUGGAAAAAACUGCUGCUACAAGUUUAUGACCUUUCUUUGCGGAAUUUGCAUCGCUCUUUACUGGGGUUGUGAGUUUGCUUUGAUUGCUUUCGAUCAGAUCUGGUGCAUAACUCCAUCUCUGAGAAUCUUCGCCAUCUACUGCGGAUGUUGCCAGAAGUUCUUCGGUACCAUCAUCCAAUGCUUCCUGGCGCCGAUAUGCGAGACCUGUGGUCUUUGUUUCAGUCGAAUAACAGUUACCAACAAUUCUUGAUUUGGUGUCCAUAGUGUGAACCUUUUACCAGUGUAACUGUGGAAUAUGACAGUUUUGACUGGCAACUUUCCUGCUUUAAUCUUUGCAUUCAAAACGAAAUUUCUCCGAAUGGAUUUUUACAUAACGUGGUUAAAAUUGUUCCCAAAAUUGGAUACUUUCCUUAUCAACUAACGUUAAAAGGAGGGCAUUACCAAAAUGUCAAAGCUCAAGAGACGAUAACCUUAUUCUAAUCUGUGAUAUUAAAGUUUUUAUUUACAAUUGUAAUGUACAUAAAAUUCAAAUAAAUUUUUUACUUUAUA